AUGACGUAUUUGGACAAAGUGUCGUCAGCUGAUGACGUCGAAGAGACGUGCUACAAUUUCAACGACACCGAUUUCGUCCAUCCGUAUGUCCAACAGUUGGAUCAAGUGUGGGAUCAAUGUGCAAGUCCCAAGGAACCCAAGCCGUUGCAUCUGGAACAAGAAGACUUGACCAAGCUCGUAUCGGGCAAAGGCCGUGGUUUGGAAAAGAAACUCUUGAGUGACAUGAAAAAGAACCGCGAAACCAUCGUCAAGCAAGUCUUGGAUGCCCAAAAGAGUUAUCGCAACUUGCCCAUCCGCGCCGAUCAAAAGGCAAAGAUGCUCAAGAACAAGUACAAGAAACUCACUACUCAAAGUAAGGUCUUUGCUCUCACACUCGCCAAGGGGGAUGCUCAAGUUGCUACCAAACUAUACGGAAACACCAUUGCGGCCACCUCGGCUUAG